AUGCUCGCUCAGGGGCGGACAUUCACCAGAUUCUCAACGACAAGCAUAUUCAUCCUACUAUGUCUCUUCUUCAUCCUCUAUUACCACCCAAUGAGACAAGCGACACCAGAAGGCCCCUCCACAUAUGAUCCCUCCAGAGAAGGUCUCCAACCGGCAUCACCGCGGAUCCCAGAGAAGAUCUGGUACAAAGUUGGCCCGAAAGGCUUGAGCGACCAGUCACACGAAUGGCUGGACGAUUGUCUCCACAAAAACCCAGCCCAUCGCGCGCAGAUCAUGACCGACGACACGGGCGAUCAAUACGUGCAACAAAACUACCGCGAUCGUCCCGAUAUCGUCGACGCCUACCUUUCUCUCACGGUGCCGAUCCUGAAAGCAGAUUUCCUGCGCUACCUGCUUCUUUUCGCGGAAGGCGGCAUCUGGGCCGAUCUCGAUGUCUCGUGUGGUGAUGUACCCAUUAGAGAAUGGAUCCCUGAGACGCUGCGCGCUAAGGCUGGUCUUGUUGUUGGGUGGGAGUUUGAUGUUGGCUGGGGAGAGAAUUUUAUUCGGCAGUUUGAGAGUUGGACGAUUAUGGCGGCGCCGGGUUCGCCGCAUCUGUUGAUGGUUAUAGAUGAUAUUAUGGAUGGGAUUCGUCAGAAGACGGAGGAGUAUCGGGUUCCGAUCUCUGAGUUGACUCUGGAUAUGACGGGGGAUGUGAUUGACUUUACGGGGCCGAGGCGGUUGACUAGUGGGGUAUUGAAGAGCUUGGAAUUGGCUCGCAAUGAGACGAUCGAUAUGGCGAGUAUCUCGAACCUUUUAGAGCCCGUUUUGCUCGAUGAUGUUUUGAUCUUGCCGGGGUAUUCGUUCGCUGCGUCAGCGAAUCAUUACGGCAACGAGAAUGUGACUGGUCCUUCAUUAGUCCAACAUCAUUAUGCCGGCAGCUGGAAGAACCAUAAUGGUGGUGAGGCGUGA